CCUCGGCCCCGGGCCCGGGGCCGGCGCCUCCAGGGCGGCCCGCGGGGGGCAAGCCAUGCCCCGGGGGCCCGGCCAUGGGGCGACACGGCGGCGGCGACAGCGACAAGAUCGUGAUCAACGUGGGCGGCGUGCGCCAUGAGACGUACCGCUCGACGCUGCGCACCCUGCCCGGGACGCGGCUGGCCGGCCUCACGGAGCCGGGGGCGGCCGCCAACUUCGACUACGACCCGCGCAGCGACGAGUUCUUCUUCGACCGGCACCCGGGCGUCUUCGCCUACGUGCUCAACUACUACCGCACGGGCAAGCUGCACUGCCCGGCCGACGUGUGCGGGCCCCUGUUCGAGGAGGAGCUCGCCUUCUGGGGCAUCGACGAGACGGACGUGGAGGCCUGCUGCUGGAUGACCUACCGGCAGCACCGCGACGCCGAGGAGGCGCUCGACUCUUUCGAGACCCCCGAGCCGGCCGCCGCCGCCGGAGGCCCCGGGGGGCCCGGCGCCGGCCCGGGAGGCCUGGACGACGAGGCGGGCGGCCUGGACGCCGCCGGGGCCGGAGGGGAGCUCAAGAGACUCUGCUUCCAAGAUGCGGCCGGCGGGGCCGCCGCCGGGCCCGGGGGAGCCGGGGGGGCGACGUGGUGGCGCCGCUGGCAGCCCAGAGUGUGGGCGCUCUUCGAAGACCCCUACUCGUCCCGGGCGGCCAGGUACGUGGCUUUCGGCCUCCCCUUCUUCAAUCCCUCCAUCUCCAUCACCACCUUCUGCCUGGAGACCCACGAGGGCUUCAUCCACAUCCACAACAAGACGGUGACCCAGGCGUCGUCGGUGCCCGGGGAGCCCCCCGAGAACGUGACCAACGUGGAGGUGGAGACGGAGCCCUUCCUGACCUACGUGGAGGGCGUGUGCGUGGUCUGGUUCACCUUCGAGUUCCUCAUGCGCGUCACCUUCUGCCCGGACAAGGUGGAGUUCCUCAAGAGCAGCCUGAACAUCAUCGACUGCGUGGCCAUCCUGCCCUUCUACCUGGAGGUGGGGCUGUCGGGGCUGAGCUCCAAGGCGGCCAAGGACGUGCUGGGCUUCCCGCGGGUGGUCCGGCCCGGGCGCAUCCCCGCGAUCUUCGGACGGGCACUCGGGCCGGCCCGCAAACGCCGCGCCGCCAGCACCAACGAGUUCCUGCUGCUCAUCAUCUUCCUGGCGCUGGGCGUGCUCAUCUUCGCCACCAUGAUCUACUACGCCGAGCGCAUCGGGGCCGACCCCGACGACAUCCUGGGCUCCAACCACACCUACUUCAAGAACAUCCCCAUCGGCUUCUGGUGGGCCGUGGUCACCAUGACGACCCUGGGCUACGGAGACAUGUACCCCAAGACCUGGUCGGGGAUGCUGGUGGGCGCGCUGUGCGCCCUGGCGGGCGUCCUCACCAUCGCCAUGCCCGUGCCCGUCAUCGUCAACAACUUCGGCAUGUACUACUCGCUGGCCAUGGCCAAGCAGAAGCUGCCUAAGAAAAAGAACAAGCAUAUCCCCCGGCCGCCCCAGCCGGGCUCCCCCAAUUACUGCAAGCCCGAGCCGCCCUCCGCCCCGGCGCCCGGUCCCCACCAUCACAGCGGCUCCCAGCCUCCCCCGCCCGGCUCCUACCCCACGGGGCUGCCGGGCCCCCACGGCCACGUGCCGGGGCUCCUGAGGGGCGGGGCCGGGGGGCUCGCGGGAAUGGGCCUGCCCCCCCUGCCCGCCCCUGGGGAGCCCUGUCCGCUGGCUCAGGAGGAGGUGAUCGACAUCAACAGGGCAGACCCUCGCCCCAACGGGGACCCGGCAGCUGCUGCCCUAGCCCACGAGGACUGCCCCGCAAUUGACCAGGCGGCUCUGUCCCCGGAAGACAAGAGUCCCAUCACCCCCGGGAGCCGGAGCCGCUACGGCCGAGACCGGGCCUGCUUCCUGCUCGCUGACUACACGGCUUCCCCCGAUGGCUCCAUCCGCAAAGCUCUUGUCACCGCCUGAGACCUCUCGAGAUCCGUGGGCCCCCCCUGCCCCUCUCCCCCAGGUCAGCAGCUGGGAGUGGCUGGGAGGGGGCCCCCACUGUAACUCACUUAGAGCCUUCUAGAUAAGCCUCCCACGGCUAAGGACGUUCCAGGUAUCCUUUGAGCCCUCUCAGGAGACGCCCUUCAGAGGUCCCGAGCCCAUCUUAGAGCCUCCCAGACGGUCCACAGAUGCCUUAGAACUGCCCGAACCCUCGGCCCCCCAGAUGCUCUCAGACUCUCCCCCCUCCCGGGCCUCGGCCACAGCGUUAGAGCUGGAAGGACCUCAGGCGGCGCAGGAGGGUCAGGUCCCCCACGCGGCGGGGUCCCCCGAGAAGCGGCUGCCUCGCGGGCAAAGACCCAUCAGGUCCCGCGGCUACCCCGGCUCAGGGCGCCAAGGCUCGCCCUCCAGAGGCUGCCUGAGAUGGGUCCUUGGGGGACCUUUGGCCCCGGAGAGGCCCCUGCCCCCUUUCCAUCCCCCUCCCUGCCGUAGCCUCCCUCCCAGGGCGCCCUUCCUCCGUUUGGGUCCCACCCUCACCCUUCCUCCACAGCCA